UCCUAGAUGAGGAACUGGCUUUGUUGACAACUUGGCAUUCUUGCGGUCUCAGCAGUGUUUCUUGUUGCCAUAAAAUUUCACGCAUAAACGCUAAAUUGUAUCCACCUGUGGAACGUUCUGAAAAAGCAUGACUCGCGCAUCGUUCCUCGGAUACUGCUAAUUAGUCACGCA